AUGAGUGACGCUGCAGAAAUCCUACAAUCAGUCCAGAUAGGUUUAAAUGUCGUCAUAUUUCUUCUCAACACUGAUCGUGGCCCACAAGCGACUGAGUUAUGUAAUGAAUGUGCAAUUCUACUUCAAAACCUUGACUUUGGUAGACACCUUGACAUCUCUGUUGUAAUAUCCAAUGCAUAUUACGCCAUCUCUGGUAACACAAAUGUUGAAAGAUAUGCCAAGACACUUCUUUACACGUUGCACCACGCUGGAAGACUAACCAUUCAACUGGGAGACAAAUAUGAAGCACAGCACCGGUUUGUAGAGGCAAAGCAACUUUACAAUAGCGCAGUCAUCAUCAUGCAAACGAUUGGUCACAAAAGAGAAGAAGCUAUGGCUCAUGAAGGACUUGGAACUUAUCAGAAGGCUAAAGAAUAUUACGAGAAAGCACUUGCCAUCGCGAUAGAAAUUGGCGACAGAAGAGGAGAAGGAAGAUUUAACGGGAACCUUGGAAAUGUGUUUUACUCCCUAGGCGAAUAUCAGAAAGCUGGAGAAUAUUACGAGAAAGCACUUGCCAUCGCGAUAGAAAUUGGCGGCAGACAACAAGAAGGAAUAGUUAGCGGGAACCUCGGAAAUGUACAAGGAGAAGGAACAAGUAACGGGAAACUCGGAAAUGUGUUUCAUUCCCUAGGCCAAUAUCAGAAGGCUACAGAGUAUCACGAGAAAACACUUGCCAUCGCGAUAGAAAUUGGCGACAGACAAGGAGAAGGAACAAGUAACGGGAACCUCGGAAAUGUGUUUCAUUCCCUAGGCGAAUAUCAGAAGGCUCAAGAAUAUUACGAGAAAGCACUUGCCAUUGCGCUAGAAAUUGGCGACAAACAAGGAGAAGGAAGAAUUAACGGGAACCUCGGAAAGGUGUUUCAUUCCCAAGGCGAAUAUCAGAAGGCUAAAGAAUAUUACGAGAAAGCACUUGCCAUUUCGAUAGAAAUUGGCGACAGACAUGGAAAAGGAGCAGUUUACGGGAACCUCGGAAAUGUGUUUUAUUCCCUAGGCCAAUAUCAGAAGGCUACAGAGUAUCACGAGAAAACACUUGCCAUCGCGAUAGAAAUUGGCGACAGACGAGGAGAAGGAACAAGUAACGGGAACCUCGGACAUGUGUUUCAUUCCCUAGGCGAAUAUCAGAAGGCUCAAGAAUAUUACGAGAAAGCACUUGCCAUUGCGAUAGAAAUUGGCGACAAACAAAGAGAAGGAGUAAUUAACGGGAACCUCGGAAAGGUGUUUCAUUCCCAAGGCGAAUAUCAGAAGGCUAAAGAAUAUUACGAGAGAGCACUUGCCAUUUCGAUAGAAAUUGGCGACAGACAUGGAAAAGGAGCAGUUUACGGGAACCUCGGAAAUCGAUUACCACCAGCAGAGAAUGUGGCAAUAGAAGUGGCGAAGCACGAAGUUACAUAA